AUGGAGCAAGUCGACGAACUAAAAUAUUGGCUAGCUACCGCUCCAGUUAAUUGGGAUUCAGACCAAAAUAUCCGGCGUUAUCUUCUUCCUACUGGCGAAUAUAUUUCAUGUGUUCUCUGGAAUAGUCUUUAUCAUAUAACAGGUACCGAUAUAGUUCGGAGUCUGGUAUUCCGCUUUCAAGCAUUCGGUAGACCAGUAACAAACAUCAAAAAGUUCGAAGAAGGUGUGUUUAGUGACUUGCGUAACCUAAAGCCAGGCAUGGAUGCUUCCCUCGAAGAACCUAAAACUCAAAAGAAGCAAAAAGUGUUCUAUUGGUUUUCUGUACCACACGACCGCCUGUUUUUGGAUGCUUUAGAGCGUGAUUUGAAACGUGAAAAAAUGGGGAUAGAACCUACCACUGUCGCUAGAGCUGAACCUGCCCUCUCAUUCUCAUUUGAUUCGACACAAUCGCUAUAUGACCAAUUUACCAAAGGAAUAUCUCCCGGUUCCUCCGCUCCACCAUCGCCACAACUCCGAAGUCUUGUAUUUGAUCAUAGUUUAACUCCAAUGGCUCCCGCUAUGAUUCCUAUUAAAACCGAUGAUCCUUCAGGUGUUUUAUAUCCUCUUGACCAAGAGUCGAUGGGUAAUACUGCAUCGGCUCAACCUUCCUUGG